GAGAGAGAGAUGUCGGAGCUCCAGUUGACGUCGGGAUGUUUGGGGAGGAAGGAAUCGGUGGACCAGGCGCUGGUCUACAGGCUGGAUGAGGGCACCGCGGGUUUUGGACUGCCUGUAAUACACCAGAGCCACCCCUGGCCGGAAAGAACGUCAGCGCCCUCAGGGACAGGCUUAUGAUAGAGUGGGUCAUGUCGUUUCCCGAGUCCAAGAAAUUCCUGAAGAGAAUCGUGGAUGAUGUCACAGGCACCCUGCGAAAGCCCCGUGCAGCGAAAUCUAAAUCGGCUACCGUCCGAGUUGUCGUUUUGUGCAGUAACGGAGCCCAGCUCAGUCCGUGCUUUGUCGAGAAGCUGUACGAACACUUUACCACUGAACCUCCGGUGGUCCCGGAGCUGGCUGUGAGCAGAUGUCACAGAGAUGCACUGAGGGGGGCCUGGGGCAGCUCGAGACACUCGGUGUGGCAAGUAUCCUGCGUACCAGUCCACGGCAAAGUGGCCUCGCAUUUCACAGAAGUUUUCCAGUCAAAGAUGUGGCUCAAUUUCGAUCCCACGGCCAACACUAACACAGAGGCUCAGUUCAGAAAAGACCCGUUUAGCUCCAGUGUGAAUUUCACGGACAUGGUCCUCGAUUUUCAGAGUGGCACGGCCUACAGAAAAGCUGAGAAAAAGACACACUACAUUCGCUGUUCAGACGUCUCGCAGCGCAAAGCAGACAUCUGGGAGCUGAGCAGCAUUGGCUACAAGAGUGUCUCGCGUUCGUUCAGAGCCGCCGGUAUCCAGCCGUACUCGGUACACCCAUUAACAGGAGAGGCCGUUUUUCUUCUUGGGAGACUCACCUACGACCAGUUGGUGUGGUGUGACUUCGGAGGCCUCAAAUCAUACAGAUUCUUGAGUGAAGGUCCUCAUUUAACGGCAGCACGAGAAUGCUACGAGGAGACUCUGGGGAUAUUGGGGACUGCAAAAACUACUAGCAGACACUCUCACAGACUUCAGAACAAACAACUGCUUCAAAGUAGUGAAUGUGGAAACUCAGUAUGUUGGACAUUUCAUGAGGAUCCCCUACAAGAACUAUCCUGCACUGUUCAAAAGAGAGUGGAGGACGAGAUGGGACACAAGCCCAUCGAAGUUGACAGAAUGAAAUGGUUUCCACUGUCCUCCUUGAAGAGUGCAGUGAUGAUAGCACGUUCAGAGCAGUUUGGAGUCACACAGAGACACGUCAAAGUCAAGGCCGUGACAGAAGAUGGUACAGUUGAUGAAUCUCGCUCACACAAUCUGAGGGGACCGUACGUGAGUACUCUGUGCAUAGCAGACGCCCUCAACUUCCUGGACAGCAUCGCAGCCAUUGCAGAGCACCACCACAGAGCACAGAGUAAAUCAUGUGGGCCCUCGACGUCACGUAAACCAUCAGAAGAAGACGAUAACCUCGGGGCAGAGCAGUCAAGUGAUGGUCCAGCUCACAGCGAGUGUGUUUCAACCACGACAGAAGAAAUGCCCACACCUCAAGAGCCAGAGCUCGAGAAAUUGGCAGCAGCUGAGGCCAGUGCAACACCUACAGCUGAGACAGAUAUCGAUUCUAUAUCUGGAAGCUCGGAGCAACAGACUAGUGAUGGUAAUAGAGAUACAGUGGAAUAUGAUAGUACAUCCACUGAUGAUGAUGACAGUAGCUGUAACUCGGAACAAUCCUCAUCGAGCGGUGACGAAGAAAAUGAAGAAGCAAAUGAAAUUGACGUGACAUUGACAACUGAGAGGAGUAGAAAGUCCUCAUCACCUGGUGCUUGGUGGAGAAAAGCUGCUGAACCAGCGGACAGACGGAAAAAGAAGCACCAUUCUCAAAGCAAGGAACAUCAUUCUCGACACUUGAAACAUGACAAACGAAAAACUAAACGGAUUUUCUUCUAUGGUAUGGGUGCAGGAUCUUUCACAGGCAUGGAGAACUAGACAUUGCAGAAUUUUUGUAACCAGUGUCUGAAUCGAUUUUUAUCCCUUUUCACACACAGAAUUACACAUAUGCAAAAAUCACGAGCAUCAUCCAAAGGCCAUAGUCUGCUCAUGUUCUCUUGCCAAUGUGUUGCAUUUGUACCAAUUAUGGAGGAUUCAUAAUAGAAAUGGCAUCAUAGAGAUAGGGAAAGGUCAGCAAUUUACAAUACUCAUGGAAUAGACUGAAGUGGAGCAUGAAAAGUGUGGGGAGACAUGAAUAAGAUGGAGGCUGGGGCUAGAAAUAUCCACUGUUAUAUAGUAGCAUGAUAGGGCAGCAGCAGUUGAGCCUGAUGAUAAUAUAGAGUCAUGAUGCAGAGUGAGAAGACCAGUAGUGUA